GUCCCGCCCCCCGCGUCCAAUUAUUUUAUUAGACAACCAAGCUCCAUUUUCCCAUCUGCACAACCCCUUGGCUUGCCAGACGUCGUUUGGUUGUUGUUGGCUCACCCCCUUUUUUUAGUUUGAGCGAGACACCCAGCCAGCAGAAAGUAGUUUAGUUUUUGCUGUUUAGGUGGGAAGCUAAAACGCGCUAUUUCUUCCUUUUUGAACUUCAAAACCUUGGGAGAACACUUGAAGGGCGAGCUAGCCGAUCUGGUGCAGGAUGUUGAGUCGAGGACAGACAACAAACAUACAGCGUACGUAGCGUAAUAAUAUUAUUAAUGACCUGUAGUUAGUUAGUUACAGAGGAGGGAUGUUUAAUCACAGUGGUGCAAUAAAGAAAUAGUAAGAUAAUGUGUUCGCAAUGAAUCUUCUUGGUCAUUGGUAGUCUCCUCGAUUCGGCUAAAUAUGUAGAACUUGCAUAAUGAUAUGAAGGUACGGUACAGUGGUUGAUUGAAGCUACGGAUGAGCCAGGCCGUUGAGUUGUUGAACUCUUUGUUGUUGGUUGUUGGUUGUUGGUGGCAACACUGGCAAGUGCGCUGCGCUGACUGACUUGGGUGCGUUGACAGCGCGGGCGCCCAACUGCAGUCUGGACUACUGCGAGUCUGCGAGGGAAACAGCACGCGCAAACAUUGCCACAGCCCAGCCUGCCUGCAGCUGCCUGAUUCGCCGGUUCCCAUGCCCAGGAGCCGGGCUAAAAAACAGCCUUACAUAAGCGGGUGCGUGGCAUUUAUAUCAUCCCAGAGGGUGUGUACUGCGUAUAGUAGGGAGCCGGGGUGGCGUCUUAGCACCACGCGCCUGGCCGCCAUUCGACGUUCUUGGAGGGGUCAAGUACUCCGUAACCUAGCAGUAACUAGUAGUCAGCAGGUCAGGAGAUACCUCGCAAGGACCGACGCCUUGCCACUCCUUUGCAACGUCAUUGCCGCUAGGUGGUAGCAUCGCCGGAGGUACCGCCCAGGUACCCACGCCAGCGGCUGUCGGAGCGCCCCUUCACCGCCCCCAAUCUUUGCCGUUCUUUCUCCUUCUCCCCCGGAUCUUCAUUAUUCCAUCGUUCGUCAGUCAGUCAUCAUCAUCUCACUCGGCCAUCACAUCACAUCACCGUUCCUUUCCUCCUCCUCCUCCUCCUCGUCGUCGUCUUCUUUCCUUCACCUUCUUCCUUUCCUCUCAUCUUCGUCUUCCGUCUUCCAUCCUUUUCUUCGUCCAUCGUCUCCCGACCUCUAACUCUCUCUCUCCUUCCUCUUCUCAUCCACUCAUCUCUCUCUAUCUUCAUCAUCUUCUCUACCUCCUACCUCGACUUCGCCUCGUCAUCCCAUCUCCUCCAACCCCAACCCGCCACGAGCCAUCUCAAGUCCGGAAUGAGACUGCAUUAGCUUCAAGAGAACGAAUUACCUCAUAUGACCGUUACAGGUUGAACUACUUCUCUUGUUGAUUCGUUUCGUUGCAGUGCAAAUAUUCUUCCGUCCUUGUCCUCGCCUCCCUAGCUCCAAACGACACUUUCACCAACCAUCGAUCGCUAGCUUCCAUCAAGAACAACAAAGCAGCUUGUGUCUUCUGGUUUUCAGCCAACCGCCUGUUUAGUAGCAAGCGUCUUAUUUCUCCUUUUGCUUUCAGUAGUUGGUUGAGUUCUUCAGGGCAAAUAGAGGGACCUCGUUUCGUGUCCCAGACACCGCCAUAUCAAACUGCCAUCCGCGUCGUGAUCACAGUCAUCGAGCCGGCAACCCACACCCUCAGAUGUUAUCUGUUCGACAAGUGCAUCGAUAACAGACCUUCGAGUCGUCAGUGACGGUUUGCUACGCAGGCCCUUCGGACAUUAAACCCGCUCUGAGCCUACCUUGACGUGUGGAUCUCCUUUUCUGUCCGAAGCUUAGGCCAACCUUGCCUGUGUCGCCCUCUUGAUCCGUGACUCAUCGUCUUCUGUUAUUGCUGUCUGAACCAGUGUCCUCCCCCUUCCAUACAGAGUAAUUGGUUCAGCAACAACCUCCCGGUCUCCGACGAACCUUCCAGCCAGGUGUUCGAGGUUCCCCCUAUCGUCAAUAAUACAUCUCUCUAAUUCUUUUGGUUUCUUUUCCCAUCACGACCUUUUAACGCAGCGAUUUAAUCUCAACUCUCCUCUUAUUACCUCCUUUUGACGUUUCGCCAUACCUGUUUUCAACUAAUCGACCCUCGCCUGUCGAUUCCGCUCACUCUCUUUCCUUUUCUCUUUUUUUUCUUUUCGAGGAUCCAGUCCAGCCAUCAAAACUUCCCAGAUGCAAUCAUAACGGUCUUUACCCAUUUCCUACUCUCUUUACGUGUUGCGGCGGUUGCGUACCGACCACCAAGUCCCGGACGACAACAUUUCUUUUGUAUUCAUAUAUCGACCUUGAUCAUCUUGCUUAUAUGAGCCCCUGAUCCGAAGUUACGUUACGGUGUUUUCGCUCUUCUCAUCUCCCUCGCCUUUUGGACUCACCCGGUAUUCCUUUUUUCCCAUCCGGCGGAGGGGAUCUCAUAUUAUAUUUUAUACUUGCACAUCUAUCCCACUUGUCUAUAUAUAUCUCUUCUAUUUUUUGCUCUCUUUUUUUGUGCUUUUCGUUAGCCUUCAAAUCCUCGCCGUACCCCUCACUCCUCCCGCUUCUUCAUGGACUGCCAGUUCCCAGUGGAAGAUAUGGAUUUCCUGCGGGAUAAAUUUGUCGAAGGAGAGCUCCUCAAUAGCCGAUUCCGGACUGUGGCACCAUUGAAUCAUGGCUCGUUUGGAAUGGUGUUUCUCGCAGAUGACACCGUGACCGGCGAACAAGUUGCUAUCAAGUGUUUGACAAAAUCAUCCUCUGGCGACUCGUACCCUCUAGCCGUGGAUGAACGGUCCGAAGAGUUGGAAUGCCAUACCCGCCUGGGACACCACCCAAAUAUCGUUAACCUCCUCCACUCUUUUGAAACGGAAUCCCACAUAUUCUUGGUUCUUGAAUAUUGCUCGAUGGGAGAUCUGUACGAAGCCAUUAGGAACAAUCGUGGCCCUUUGGAAGUUGAGCAUGUCCGUGCAUUGAUGUUGCAGCUUGUUAGCGCUGUCGAGUAUAUGCAUUCGAAAGGCCUAUACCAUCGAGACAUCAAGCCUGAGAACAUCUUUCUCACUCACGACGGCUCGAUGAAACUUGGAGAUUUCGGCUUGGCCACCAGUAGCCCUUGGUCCUACGAGGCAUGCGUUGGAAGUGACCGUUACAUGGCCCCAGAACAAUACGAACCCACUCCGAGUGGUUAUUCGACUGAACAAGCCGACAUCUGGUCUGUUGGAAUUUGUCUUCUGAAUAUCUUGUUUGCGAGGAACCCCUUCGUUACCCCAACCGAAUCUGAUAUUUUCUUCGCCGACUAUACUCGCGACCGCCAGUCUCUCUUUGACAUCUUCCACAACAUGUCUCAAGACACUUUUGAGAUACUCUCCAAUGCCAUGGCACUUGACCCGAAAAAACGCUCGCUAUCUGGCAUUCGCGAAUCUAUCUUGCGUGCUGUCUGUUUCACUACUGACGAUGAGGUCCUUGAUGAUUUCUGCACCGAAGACCGUGAGAUUGUCGCCGCCAAUGCGGAUAGGGAACCACUUCGAACCCCCUCUAUCGCCAGCCCUCAUAUCAACCAGGGGGAUUCCUUUCCCUGGGCCAAAGCUUUGCAGGAGUCCCCAGCUCAACCGAUCAGACAACUCUCUGCCAUCCCAGAUACGGAAAGCUAUUCGGAAGAUUUGUUCUCAACCUCGGGAGCGGAGGCCAUGUCCUGGUUCUCCGUACAAGCCGGGUCACCCUCAAUUUCUGCCUUGGGUUCUACCUUUGGGACUUCGUUCAAGUCCAUGACCAUUCGACCAGCUGAGAAACGUUUCGCAGCUCAUUCUGACCCUGUCACGAUUAGCGGUUCUCUGCCAGAUCGUGCCGGAAGGCCAAUCCCAGCAAUGUCAAUGGUCUUUGGAAAGGGUAACAAUGAGAUGUCCAAGAGCUGGAGUGAUCUUUUUGAUGAAGAGGAAGAGGAGUCCAAGAAGGAAGUGAUGAGGCAACGAAAGGAACAAAACGCUCGCAGCUGGAGCCAGGAUAGCCAAAUGGAGAAGACAACACCCCGUCCGUCUGGUUUAUCCGAAGCCCAGGGCUCGUCAUCUGCUAAUUCUCGAUCCUCUUCCCCCAAUGACAAUCAAAAGAGCGUUGCGAUUCCGACUCCUCUAAAGCCAAACAAAGAUCUUGCAGAGAAUCACCUCCCUGGAUCCAGUUUCCAUUCGCCAAAGCACCAUCAAAAGCAAUCAAUCAUGGACAAAUGGGCAGCUCUCGGGAACAAACGACGCAAAUACCACCCCAACCAUGAACAUUCAUCGUGCUCGAGGAAGCAGAAGCAAAUGUCAAAAAGCUGGCGCAAGGAUGCAGGCCUAGGUUCUCCGGGUUUUGAGGACCGACACGUCGAUCAACAUUUCCUUGCCAUUGACUGGCGACGGGACCCUUUCGAAACUAUCAAACCGAAGAAAUAUUCGACCAUCAUCGAUGACGAUUUCGAUUGGAUUGGUGGCUGGCACGACUUGCAUAUCUGAGAACUAUAACUGACAUACUCCCCUUAUUUCUUUUUUUCCCUCUCCAAUUCCCCCCCCCCCCCCCUUCUUUGCUGGCGAUCCCCGAGCUGUUGGUUGUUCGCUGCCUGCCUGCUGCUGCUGCUCUUUCCCUCUCCACCUUCCCCGGUUGAAUCACUUUGAACCAUAUUACAAUUUAUUAACAUCAUUAUUCCUAAACUUCUCUCUAUUCUUUUUAACUGCCUUACCUGGUUUUCCGCUUGUUGUGGUGUAUACACAGCCUUUUUGUCUCAAAAAAAUUUCGCGCAUUUCCCCUAACUGAAGGCAAGGAUUGGCUUGCUCUAAGAAAGAUCAAUCUUCUGCUUGUACUAUAUAACACACGUUUUACAUCCGUUAUUGGGGCAUACAUGGAAAUUGCACUGCGGAACCGAGCUGGUGUUGGUUUGGAAGAGAUUGCACAUUUGGUACACCUGGAGCGGCGUUUUCAACUUCAAUCGAUUCGUUUCUGCUGCAAUUCUGUUUUUGGGUUGUACCACCAUCAUAUCUGUGGUUCUUGUCGAAAUUCUUUGAGCCCUACCGUCGUUGUUUUCUUUUUCUACUACUAUAUUUUUAACCUUCUUAUCUUUAUUGUUUAACCCCAUUGGCCAUUGGCACGGGGUAAAAAACAUCACAUCCCAGCACAGCAAGCAGCAGUUUUGAUAUAUCGAACAUUUUUCAGGAGCGGAAGGAUCCAUGGCAAGAGUUCGGAAGAACGAGAGGACAACGAAAAGUAUACAUAUCUAUGUAUCUAUAUAAAAGAUAAAAAAGCCCGUGGCAUUUGAGCCAAAGAAAAAUGGGGGCGAGCGCAAUAUGUUUUCGUUUCCAUUUUGCACACACAUGUCAGCCACUUUUCCGAUCCUGUUUUGCAAAAGUGGAAGGGGGGUGUAGUUUAGUUUUAGUUUGGCCGCCUAGCGGUCAGGAAAACGAAAUGAAAAUAUUUUUUUCCCUCGAGAAGUGAGAGUUGUUGUUUUAUGUCAAUCUUGCCAUAGAUAGAUAUCCAUUCCAUGUUGCUUAACCCAAGACGUGAUAUAUAUAUAGAGUACAUUCUGUAUCGCGCGGCCAUAAGAGGGCGGGUGUGCUAGACACUGCUUUCAUGAAAUAUAAUAACAAUAAGUUAACGGCACAUUACAUACUCCGCCAUAAUGUACGCUGUCCCAUGUACAUGUACAUGUAGGAGAAAUAACAGCGCUGAAAUCCCCCAUCGUUUGUCUCCCCGCCGCCACCACGCCUGUUGGCUGUUGGUUUGGUGGUCUCCCUUUGGCGGCUCGCGUGGUCCCACUUUGGCGCCUGCCCCAGUGCCCCAUUUGUUUCUGCUCACCGACUCCGAUGUUAGUUAGCAGUACUGCCAGUGUAGAGUAACUACAGCGCAAAGAAAUAU